UUUUGUUGUACAGGGCCUAAGGAUGUCUUCUGGUUGUCGAACUCUUUCUAUUGGAAUGCACGUUAUUCUUCUGCUGCUCUGGACUCAGCUGGACAAUACAACAGGCCAUCCUUCUAGACACAGUUACCUUGACAACCAUGCAGCUUCUUCAGUAUCUUCUCUUCCCGAAGCCACUUCUGAAAACGUUGCAUACACACUUCCUGUAAACUCCAAACAGUUUCUUCUGAACAUCUUCUCUUCAGGACUAUCUGAUCCUUACCGAGGUUAUGAAAUUCCCGUUGGAACUGAAGAUUUUUAUGAUCCUGGGAUAUAUGAUGAGUGGGAGCGUUUAUCUCCAGAAGAAGCAUCCAAACUUGCCACAUACAGUGAUCUCUUCGAAGUUGAUGUGAAUGACCAAAAGCCCUACCUAUCAAUGAGUGACGAAGACUCGCCAUUCCAGGAUAUAGUUGAAUCGGCCAUUGCAAAACGUGGAAGUCGCCCGUCUCUCUCAAUCGUCAGUCCCCUGGACGUUCUCAGCCAGCGGCUUCGCUUCGAAAUGGCUCGGCAUUGGAUGAAACAGAGCCAGAAACAGAUAAAGGAGAAUGCUGCAUUACUGAGACACCUCGGAAAAAGGGACACAACUCGGCUGACAUUCAAUCUCCGCGAAACUCAACGGCACCACGAGGCACUCCUAGGAGUCCCAUCUGAUGUCUGAAGAUUCGUCUGAUCGCUAUAUUAUAAUGCUGUAAAAAAUAUUAUUGUUUCUGUAAAAAAAAAAAAAUUGUAAAGAUCAGUUCUCAACACAAACGUUAACUUCUGUUGGUUUUCUUUGCAUUGUUGUAUAUAUUUUAAUUAUGGUUAUGUAGAUGCAGAUAUUCUGACCGUGAAAACUGUUCUGGAAAAAUCGUUAAAACAGACACAAACUGAUGUAACACCAAACCGUAACCAUUAAAACGAUGUGAAUAAACAGUC